AUGGCUGGAGCACGGGCCGAGCCUGACGGGGCGGGGACCUCCGAGAGAGAGGCUGCCAGGGCGCUUCGGGCGAGGUGCCUGAAGGGCCUGCGGCGGUCGCAGUGGGCGAGCCUGCUCUCCGUCACCUUCCCGGUUCCUUUGACUGUCUACCCGGCGGUGUGGAGGAAGCCGGACGGGAAGCCCAUCGAUUUCCGCUCGGAGGACAUGCCAGAGCCACAGGGGGAGGUUGCGUUCGACCCCUUUGCGAUGAUGGACGAGCAGCUGGACAGCGCUUCGACCACGGUGCAGCUGCGGCCCGUGCCCUUCAGCGAGGAGCGCUCCGACGGCCUCAAGCGCCAGUGCGAGGCGCCUGGGCAGAUCGCCGACAACCUCAGCAGCUCCGUCAGAGACAACGUGCUGUACAGGAGGCGCGAGGACCCCGUACAUCGGCUGCUGCGGCUUCCCGUGGUCUUCUGGCGGCGUGGCGUGUACGACCCCGCCAUGCUGGAGCAGUGCGAGAGCGACGCUGCCACGAGCUGCAGCCCACGCAGCCGCCCCCGCGCCAUGCCGGUUCCCCCGCUAGAAGACGUUGACAGCUCGAGCUCUGCGGGCGGCGAAGGAUACCAGAGCUUUAAAGGUGCCGGCACGGGCGUGGGCAAUCUGGAGGAUUGGACGGUCGCGCUGAGUCCGCUGUCCAACGCCCCCGAGCUGGGCACGCCGGCCCCCCCCGGGCCACUCACCGUCCCCGAAGGACGAAGCGCCGUCGGGGAGCCGGGCGACGGGGACCGGAAGGCGCUGGGCCUCGACGGCAUCCGCGUCACCGGCGUCACCCUCACUUUGGCGUCCAGCAUGUGCGGGACCGACCGCCGCGUGCGCGGCCUCGGACCCGGAGGGCGCCGCGGACUUCCCGCUGAGCCCCCAGGCCAGUUGGCGGGCGCAGCCCAGGACCUGACACUGGCGGUGACGGAGCCAGUGCCAGAGAGCUCUGGUGACAGCAUAUUCCCGACCAGCCCGCUGGUCAAAGCGCUCUAG